CGCCACGCCGCACGGACGUAAACGCGCGCCACCGCAGAGACAGCACCGUCACGUUUUCGGACUCGUCGUCGUCGCCAAAACCGCACGACGUUCGGCGCUCGCGCACGUAUCGGCCGAACGAAAACACCGACAAUAGCGUUCGAGUAAACGCCGUCGUUGUUACCCGCGCCGGCCAGAGCGCAGACGACACAGAUAACAACGAUCGUCGUCGUCGUUGUUGUUGUUGUUGUUAGCGUUGCCGUUAACCGGCCCGACCGUUCGGCCGUAAAACGCCGUGUAAACCGAGCGUCGUUACGCGGGCCGCUUGGGCAACAGGUUCGUCCGCGCGCAGACGGGACGCCAGCACGGCAGCGAGCGCGAUCCGACGGUAACGGAACGAGAACAGCGAGCGGCGCGUAACAGCAGCGCCGAUAAUAAAUGUUAUUGUUGUAUAGGUCAGCGACCGGACGACGCCGGGACCGAGGGCCGCGGGGAAAUAUGGUGGCCGGCCGUUAUCGCGGGUGAACAUCCAGUACCGCCGGUGACGACGCUAUUAUGGUCAUCGAACCGGGCCUGAUCGACAUGCUCGGCAACUCGCUGUUCGACGUGCUGGCCCCGGUCACGUCGUCCACCGAGUCGUUCGCCGGGGCCGUGUCCGCGACGUCCGGCGGGUCGUCGGGCACCGGCGAACCGGACGCCGCCGGGGCAUCGGCGUACGACGACGGCUCCGGCAGGGACGGCGGCAAGGACGCGCAGGGUGUCGACGAGAUCUGGUACAGGCACAGCCCUGCCAUGACCGCGUUCUACUGUUUCGGGUACACGCUGGUGUUCCUGGUCGGGAUGGUCGGCAAUCUCCUGGUGGUGUCCGUCGUCUGCCGGUCGCCGCGUAUGCGCAACGUCACCAACUUCUUCAUCGUCAACCUGGCCAUGGCCGACAUACUGGUGCUCGUGUUCUGUCUGCCCGCCACCCUGCUGUCCAACAUCUAUGUCCGUGAGUCGAAAAAAAAAAAACAUAAAAUAUAA